AUGAUAGAUAGCGCGUACGUCUCAUUUACGCGCGGGCUACAGAGCGCGGCGUACGCUCUUCGACGGAACACUUGCGGCAUAAAGGAGAAAAAAGGGCGCCAAGCUGUCGGCGUCCAAGGAGAUACAUGCCCAGCUGCAGAAUAUACGGAAAUGUACCCAGAAAUACACCCACUUCGCUUACAAGGCUGUGUACUCGAGCAACUGGAGAACAAAUGCCGCCGACGG